AUGAAUGUUGGGGAGUCGGAUUCGAUAGGUCACCCUGCGAUAGUGUAUCAAUGUAGGUCAUCAAACUCAUGGGCAGACGACAUGGCUUUGACAGCCACGUACUUUCCUCAGAGCCAGUUAACAUUUGCGGUGCUGUUUGGAUGCACAGCGGAGGUGGAACGGAACGUGGUCAGCCGACUGAGUCGAGCAAAAGACCACACGUUAUUCCCUCUCAUUCUGCCAGGUAUUUUUGCAGAGUUGGAAAGAGAUCGAAUGGCAAAAGUUGUUGCAGAUACGGUUGAUGCCAUCGAAGGAGCAAUCUUCGAGCUUGGUACUGGAAACCCGGUUGAGGGCGAGGAGAUUCAAGAAGAGGAUAAAAUUGACAUGAGACAUUCUAGAAGGUCAGCAUGGCUGAACACAACAUUUCUUCGGAACAGUCUAAGGGCAUGGAAAGGGCAGCUUCGAAAGAUGGUAGAUCAUAUCGCUGAAUUGUCUAGUCUACACAGGGUUCAGCUGAUUGAUAGGGGUUGUGAGCAGCCUAAACAUGAGAUACAACACGAAGCAGGUAAAUUGGCAAUGGAUAGGACUGGAUUAAUGAUCCACGAUCGACUCCACAUUCUCAUCGAAGACUUGGAAGACAGGAUUCAGGAGUGUACGAUGAGCGUUGAGGGAAUGACAAUUGCCACGCAAUGGGCUCAAGGCGACACAAAUGUGGACAUUGCGACAGCUACCGGUCGGGACUCUAGGCAAAUGCGCUCGAUUGCUUUAGUAACAAUGGUUUUCCUUCCAGGAACUUUCUUCGCAGUAAGUCCGUCUUUUGCUCUGGCCAGUCUUGGAAGUCUAGCUAAGGCGAAGCAGACGUUGUUCUCGAUGACAUUUUUCAACUGGUCUCCAGAUGACGCUAAACACUCGGUAGUGUCAAGCUAUAUCUGGAUCUACUUUCUAGUGACCGGCGUCUUUACUGUUUCCACACUUCUACUAUGGUGGUACUUUCUAUCUUCUAGCAGAAAGAAGUACAGAAGCUGCAGUUUUGCCAAAUCUCUCAUGACUGUUUGA